UAAUGCUAUUUACAGUACACAAGUGUAAAGAACAAAAUUAUUACAGCACAAAAACACAAUAAGAUGAAGAAUACAAUAAUAUUAAAAACCCAUUAAAAUUGAAUACAUAAGAUAGCUGGUAUACAUAGAUUGAUUGUAUCUACAUUAAGUUCCACUAGCUGCAGGAGUGUCAGUACAUAACGUGACUCUAACAGGAAAUGAUAAAUGGUGGUGGUGGGGUGGGUUAGUGGGUGGAGCUGUUGAUCAGUCUUACUGCUUUGGGAGGGUAACUGUUUUUGAGUCUGGUGUGGAUGCUACACAACCUCCUCCCUGAUGGGACUGGGACGAAUGUCCAUGAGCAGGGUGGCUGAGAUCCUUCUGAAGUUACUGGCCUUUUUCCAGCAUUUUCUGUGUACAGAGCUUUCCAGUCAGCUGCAGUGCAAUUUCCACACCGCGCAGUGAUGCAGCAUGUUAGGAUGCUCUUUACUACACAUCCAUGGAAGGUCAAGGGUAUCGAUGUACAUGUAGUCUAGCUUUAUUCAGUCUCUUUAGAAAGUAGAGGCAUUGGUGAGCUUUCCUGAUUGUGUAGGAUGUGUUCUGGGACCAUGAGAGAUUGUGUGGGAUGUGCAAUCCCAGGAAUUUGAAAUGGUUAGCGGUUUCCACUGCUGUGUGGCCAAUAUAAAGAAGGGUUUGAGUGCUGUGAGUCACUACCUGAACCUUCACUAACGAAGUGAAUUUAAAAGAUCCUUCACUCUCUUGGCAAAGCAAGGUCACCUCAACUCUUUCUUGAAUGGUUGAUCCCUUAUUAGAGAUGAAGACUGUUCAUCAAGUGAAGCCUGAUUGCUGCAUCUACUGUUUUAAGUCCAGUUAGGACAAUUCCAAUUUCAUCAUUCUGUCCACAUAACUGAAGUCCCUUAUCUUAAAGAUAAAAAUUAAAGAUUAGCUUUUUUGUUGCAUGUGCAUCAAAACACUGAAACAGUGAAAUGUGUUGUUUUGCAUCAAAUCGAAUCGGAGAGAAUUGUGCUGGGGCAGCCUGCAAGUGUCACCACGCCUCCGGUGUCAACAUAGCAUGGAAUGUGGGAGGGAACUGGAGCAAACCCACACAGUCACGAGGAAGCACGUACCGACUCCUUACGGUUAGUGGUGGGAAUCGAACCCCAAUUUGUGAUUGCUGACGCUGCAAAGCGAUGGCACUAAUUGCUACAUUACAAUGUCAUCCCAAACUCUUCUCCACUUCUCUACAGAUUUGCAUCUUUUAUAAAGUGUGAUAAUUGGAUUGGAUAUAAUCCACACUCUACCUAUUAAACCAACAUUUUAUAAAGGUUCAUUAUGACUUCCUUGGUCUUGUACCCUAUCCCUCUACAUAUAAAGCCAAGGAAAGUGUAUUCCUUUUUCAAAUACUUUCUGAAUAUGCCCCCAGAUCUCAAAUAAAACAGAAAAUACAGGAAACAGGUAAGCAGCACCUAUGGUAAGAAAAGCAAAUUUAAUUGUUCAGAUCAAAAACCCUUAAUUAGACCUGGAAAAGUUUUUUAAAAAACUAAUUUAGUUUAAAGUCACAGAAUGGCUGGGAAGGGAUUAGCAGAACAAGGUGAAAAUUAUUGUUGAGGUGAGGCCAAAGUUUUCCAAGUGAGCAAGUGUUUGUGGAGCUAUCUAGUUAUCAAAUUAAUGAGAGCUUUUAGAAGAAAACAAAGAUACUUUGAGAUAUAUCUGAGUUAUUGCUGAAACCCAAAGUCAAAACAGGAAGUGGGGGCAGGGGUCAAUGGUAACCUGAAAAUACCUAGCAGUUCAAGGUUUAUCUGUGGAGAGGGGAAAGCUUAAGUCAACAUUAUAUGUGGACAAUCCUAACAGUUUAUCCACCUGUAAUGUUAAUUUAAGGUGUAUAAUCUAACAGCAGAACUGGCUGUUUCUGUUUCAAACUGAUGGAGUGAGUCAUCUGAUUUUGGAUGCAAGUCCUACAGGCUGAAAUGUGCCCAGGCAGAAGAUGAGACUCUUCCAAAGUGGAACAGUGUCGGAGGCCUAAGGCAGAUAAAUAAGAGAGGGAGUGGAGAGCCAGAAUUCUGCAGAUGCCAGAUUCUGCAGGAGGAACACUGAGGAUUGAGCAGCAUCUGUGGGAGGAAGGGCACAGUCAACAAUUUGGGUUGAAAUCUUGAUGCAGAUCCUUCAUCAACGAUUCCUGUUCUUCCACAAUUGCUGCUCAAUCUGAGUUCGUCCAGCAGAUGGUUUAUUGCUCCAGAGAGGAAAUGGGAUGUAGAAUUAAAGGUGACUAAAAUGAUCUAAGUCAUUCUUGCAGGUUGAAUAGAGGUACUGGGUGAACUCUUCACCCAAUCUGUGUUUUGUUUUGCCACUCAACACCUCACAAUGUGAGUACUGACUGCAGGUCACAGGACUGGAAGAAGGGCAGGUGAAUUACUACUGCUUUUCUGGGAUGAUAUGAAGGCAAGAGGCAAAAUGGUAAAUUUCCUGUUGUUUGAUGGGACAAACCCAUGAGAAAGUGGUUGAUGAUGAUUGAAGACCAAACCAGGACACAGGUUAAAGUCCUACUGGAUUGUUGAAAGGGGAGGGGAGUGGAAUUUGUGGCUGGUGGCAGAAUAAUGCUGAAGGUGGUAGAAAGGUGAUCUAUUGAAUGUGGGGGCUGGUGCAGUGAAAGGCAGGCCAGGGAAAGCAUUUCCUUGCUCUGGUGUGGAGGACAGGAGGUGAGAAUAAAUGUGCAGGAAAAAAAGAUGAGAAUGUUUUACCGUCAUCUAUGAUGGGGGCGGGGGGGGGGGCGUUGAGGGUUAAGUUAAAAAGUAAUUUCAUUUGCACCUCUCUGGGAAGUCUCACCAUCAAACAAAAUGCGACGGACAUGGAGUACUUAGAGGAAUGGAAUCCCCGCUGAAAGGCAGGUAGGAGGAAGUAUAAUCAACGUACUCGUGGCUGCCAGUGCAUGUGUAAUGGAUAUUAGUUACGAACCUACGCUCCGAGUUGGAGACGUGCUUUUGGACAGUAUUAAUGGGUUUAAGGUGAUAUGGGAAAGAUUUAAGAGCAACUUAGGGGCAAUUUUUUUUUUUGCACAAAGAUUGGCAUCUAUGUGUUAUCAGCUUAAAGAGGAAAUGGUUCAGGCAGGUAUAAUAACGACUUUCAGAAGUCAGUUGGUCUGGAAAAAUUUUGGGCAAAGCGCUAACAAAUAGGACUGGCUUCCAUGGGUCGUCAUAUGGAUCAGUUGGACAGGAGCUUCUCUUUCCAUGCUGUAUGACUCGGUGACGGAGAAAUACAGGAAGAGAAGGCUAGAGUCAGAAUAGAGCUCGUGAAAGUGAGGACAGCAUAAGUAAUGAAAUUUUAAAGUUCUGCAUGAGAGGAGAGACCAGCAACAAAACGUGCGCAUGGCUUAAUUUCAGCAUCUGCAGUCGCUUCUAUCUCUUGUCCAUCAGUCCUAUGUGGCAAAUUCAAAAUUCACACGUCAAUCAUACACGCAACCAUAUUUCCUUCAUUGAACAUCUCUGGCGCUAGUUAGACAUGCAUGAACUUCUAGUUACUGUAUACAUUGCACCCAGAUUAUCGUAUUAUUUACAUACUCAUUUAUGACCACCAACCCACAAAAUGCAUCUAUUUUUAUUACUCAUCAAUCCAAAACAAGUAUCAUACACGCAAAAUGUAUACAAUAAAAUGUUACAGGAAAGAUGGAGCCCAAGGGAUGCAUGUUGUUUAAAGGAGUUUUUAAAGGACAUAAGAAUGGCUCUUUUGGAUUCUCGGAAAUUCUCAGCAGGUCGGUCAUUAUCUAUAGAGACAAGAAACAUUCGUGAUAAAGCUACGGGGAGGACCACAUCGCAGUGAUCCCUUCAGCCAUGAUGUGUCUCCUGCAAGUGUUUACUGGUGUUUUCUGCUUCAAGUUCUGAUUUUCAGCAGUACCGCUUCAACUUGUAUUUUACGAUAUUUUCUUGCCUUUUAGCAUUCAGAUACGUUUGUUAUGUUAUCCUUGACGACGGUGAGUUUCUGUUGUGCCGCAGCUGGCAAUGUACAACCUGAUCUGCAGCGAAAGCUCGCACGUUCGAAUGUGAUCCCGAGGAACAAGCGCUUCGCUGUGGGAGAGUUUCCAACAAAGCCAAGCGCACCGAACCUGGAUGAUAAGGUGGUGCGCUUGCGCCGUGGCCUGUAGCGGAUUGGUUGCCGACGGAGAGGGGGUGGGCCGGGAUCGCAGGCCCCGCCCCUUGCUGCUGCUGCGCGAGCAGCGCAGGCGCAGUGCAAGUGUACCUGAGCUACCUCCAUGAGCGCGGUCGGUCGGCGGGUGUUGGGCCGACGGCUCGGUGUUGGUCGCCCGGCGGCGAUAUUGAGGUGGUACCGGCGCCUCUGAGCUGUGCAUUCGGCGGAUGUGAACUACCGAGAGAGCCUGAUUUCCUCGGCUGACAUCAGGCCUCCUGCACCCCCCGGCGGUUGGAGCGGGAUGUCGAGCCCGGCGCUGUUGCCGCUAUCGAGUCGCCGGUUGGCGGCUCUGAGUCCCGGUUCAUCUGUGUCUUUUUACCCGCAUCACAGAGCCACCCUGCGGCUAUCGGAGAAAUUCAUCCUUCUGCUCAUCCUCAGCGCCUUCAUCACCCUCUGCUUCGGGGCCAUCUUCUUCCUUCCCGACUCCUCCAAGCACAGGCGCUUCGAUCUGGGGCUGGAGGACGUGCUUAUCCCGCACGUUGAACAGGACAGGUCGGCGGGACGGGACGGCAGCGCCGGCCCACAAGGCGGCGGCGGAGUUAUGGUGCAUGGAGGCGGGGAGGAGCAUCGGCACCGACACAGGGAGGAAGAGGAACAACUGCGGAAAAUGAUCAGGGCAGAUCACGAGAGGGCUCUAGAAGAGGCAAAGGAGAAACUGAAAAAAUCCAAAGAUCAAAUCCGUGCUGAGAUUCAGACAGCGAAAAAUCGAGUGGCACAGGAUGCGAAGAAAAGAGAAGGCAAGCAAUUACCACAAGUAGCUAUUCCAAAACUGGUGGGAAUCAAUAAUGGAGACCCUGGUGAUCCAGAUACCAGAGAAAAGCAAGAGAAGAUUAAAGAGAUGAUGAAACAUGCUUGGGGAAACUAUAGACAGUAUGCUUGGGGGCACAAUGAAUUGAAGCCUCUUUCAAGAAAAGGUCAUUCAACCAAUAUAUUUGGAAAUUCUCAGUUGGGUGCUACCAUUGUGGAUGCACUAGAUACACUCUACAUCAUGGGGCUUUUUGAUGAGUUUCGAGAUGGGAAAGAAUGGAUUGAGAAGAACUUAGAUUUCAGUGUGAAUGCAGAAGUCUCUGUCUUUGAAGUGAAUAUAAGGUUUAUUGGAGGUCUUCUGGCUGCCUAUUAUCUCUCAGGAGAGGAGGUCUUUAAGCAAAAAGCAGCACAACUUGCUGAGAAGCUACUGCCUUCCUUUAACACCCCGACUGGUAUCCCUUGGGCAAUGGUGAACCUGAAGAGUGGUGUUGGACGGAACUGGGGCUGGGCAUCUGCUGGGAGUAGCAUUUUGUCUGAAUUUGGGACUCUGCAUUUGGAGUUUGUUCAUCUGAGCUACCUGACAGGGGAUCCCAUCUACUACAAGAAAGUGUUACAUAUUCGGAAGUUAUUGCAGAAUAUGGAUCGACCUAAUGGCUUGUACCCUAACUACCUUAAUCCCAGGACAGGUCGCUGGGGCCAGCAUCAUACUUCUGUGGGUGGACUAGGAGACAGUUUCUAUGAAUAUUUGCUGAAGGCUUGGUUAGUAUCUGAUAAAACAGAUACAGAAGCAAGGAAAAUGUAUGAUGAUGCAGUGCAGGCUAUCGAGAAGCAUCUUAUCAGGAAAUCAAACAGUGGUUUGACUUUUAUUGGAGAAUGGAAGAAUGGUCACCUUGAGAGGAAAAUGGGUCACCUGACAUGUUUUGCUGGAGGAAUGUUUGCUCUUGGGGCAGAUGGAUCCCCAAACGAUAAAGCAGGGCAUUAUCUACAGCUUGGUGCCGAGAUUGCACACACCUGUCAUCAGUCAUAUGACAAAACAGUGCUAAAGUUAGGCCCUGAGGCAUUCAAAUUUGAUGGUGGGACAGAAGCAGUGGCACUGAGGCAAAAUGAAAAGUACUACAUCCUUCGGCCAGAAGUGAUAGAAACCUACUGGUAUAUGUGGCGAUUCACCCAUGAUCCCAAAUAUCGGCAGUGGGGCUGGGAGGCAGCUCAGGCCAUCGAUAAAUACUGCAGGGUGAUUGGGGGAUUUUCAGGUGUCAAAGAUGUCUACUCUUCAUCGCCAGCCUACGAUGAUGUACAACAAAGUUUCUUUUUGGCUGAAACACUAAAGUACCUGUACCUCCUGUUUUCUAGUGAUGACCUCUUACCCUUGGACUAUUGGGUUUUUAAUACAGAAGCUCACCCUCUUCCUAUUUUACGUUCUAUGAAUUCUACCAUGUUUGGAAAUAUGGUACUUCAAUGAGGACUGCAAGAGAACUGGAAGAGAACUCUACUGUUUUGUCGUAGUGCUAGCAGGACAAGUGCAACUAAUCUUCAAAGAAAAGAAAGGAUCCUAAUCAGUAAGACUUGAAUGAUUUGAGAUUAAAUCAUGUAAGAAAGAUGUGGACUACUGAGGGAAUACAUCUUUCACAGCAGAGUACAAUGAAUGUACAAAUUUACUAUGGUGUAGUUGGCAAUCAGUACAGUGUGAAUGCUGUACAAUUAAUUUUAUGACUGAUGUUCAAAGAAAGCUUAACAGCACUAGAUGUAUGUAAGUAGUACAGGAUAUUUUUCUUCUGCACUACCUAAAGCCAUUGAAUCCCUGGCAAGAGUGGAAUAGCCUCAGUUUUUAAAGAAAUGGUAUCUCUUUUGUGGAGUUGCCGACAUGUGGUUCUUCCUAUCAAAUUAAAAUGAAGAUAUUUCAAUUUUUGCAGGGAAAAUCCUUGCAGAAGGCUGCCUCCAUAUUAAACAGAGGGUUUGUUCCAAUUCUGAUGUAGCAUAUGAUUGCUGAUAUCUAAGGUUUGAUUGUUGGACUCUUACCAUUAUAAGUGUGCUUGUAAAAAUUUCUGCACCUUGCAAAUUUUCUUUACCCAUAAAGGAGUCUUGGCAUUGAUUUUUUUUCAAAGAUAUUGGUAUCGCUUUCAAAUGAGAAGACCUAGCUAACUGUAAGUCUUGGUUUACUUUGGACAGAAUUAAAUCUUAUAGUGUAUUUUCCAGUAUUGUAAAAAGGUGUUCUUUUUCCAGGAUAUGUAUUUUCAUUUGGACAGAGAAGCUGUAGCACUUAUUAGUCUAAGGUAUUCGUUUCCAAAAGAGGCAGAAAGUUAGCACCACAUUUGAGACUGAACCACUUUGUUGUGGUAAAAUGAUUAAAAGGAGGCUAAUUUUGAUCCUUGCUUUCUUCUUAGUUCAUAAUUGGCGGUAACCAAGAUUUUAAAAUCUGCUCUUCAACAGCGGUGAAUAAAGGUCCAAGUAAGAGUUAAUGAAACUUCCUGGAUUUGGUACACAUCUUUUACAGUAUUAAAACAGGAAUUGAUCAUUUGUGUUGUAAGCAUCACUUAAUCACGGUCUGUAAAACAUUUCAGAAGUUACCCUGAAUGAUACCUACAGAAAGAUUGAUUGUUUUCAUUUCCCCAAACUAAAGAAUAUAGUUUAUACAAUCUGCUCCUCUUAACUCGGUUGCUUAAAUUAUCUGGAAUUUCAAAUUUUUUAGCUCAAUUCUCAGUAUGAUGUAUUAUUUAUGCUUAAUUCAAAUUCAUGGGUAAUUCAUUUCCUCAGUGCAAAUGUGACUUUGAAUUAUUAGGAGUAGAAUGUAUGCAUACUGAAAGAAAGCUGUACCUAAUGAUUAAAGAAAACCACUGGUGUCUGAGGUUUUGUUUACUCUAUUAGCUAGAGUCUGCUGUAAGUUCAGGUAGGAUGUUUCCCCUUCUUCCUCCAUGAGCUCUGUAAAUGAUGGAAGAGGAAGUCUUUAUAUUAAGAGCCUACUUAUUGCAACAUGAAGCUGCAUUCCAAUAAGUGAAUAAAACUUAUUACCAUUUUAUCUUUUCUGCCCUGCUAAUGCAAAAAUAAUAUUCACACCCGUAAUCUCAAUCCUAUACUCAUCCUGACAUUUUCCAAGCCUAAAAUGCGGACUAGUUCAUUUAGUUGGUAAUUGAUGACUGUGGAAUGGUUGUGCCUUUGACUCCGUCCCUGAUAAUUGCUGACUAUUUUGAGUUCAAGGUAAAUUGUCUAUACAUUACUAUAUAGUACCUUAAGUUCAUUUUCUUGCAGGCAUUUACAGGAACAAUAAAGAAAUACAAUAGGAUCUAUGAACAACCAUAUAUAAAUAAGGACAAACAGCCAAUGUGCAAAAGAAAACGAAAUGUGCAAAUAAAAGAAAUGCUGAGAACAUGUGCUUUAAAGAGUCAUUGAAAGUGAGUUUGGAGGUCACUUUCAGUUCAGACGAUUUUGCAUCCCUUAUUAACCCGCAUGAGAAUUGCAUUAGAAAUGUUCCAUGUUCAGGUUUUGAGUCAUCCUCUUUCAAAAGUCAGUUAUCCACAUUUUCCCCUAUAAAAACAUACUCAAUCUUCCUGGUUGAAAACUACUAUCAUCAAUUGUAAAAUGGAUAAUUCUUUUGGUAUGUAUUUCAACAGAGUAGUUCAUGAAAUAACGAUUCUAUUCUCCUUUAUCAUUUAAGGGAGGUUCUUUCUCUUGUUUCAUUCUUUCUUAUUUGUCUGAUGCUUGCUUUAUUUGUAGAAUACCUGAACUAACUUAUUAUUAUUUCCAUCCUACUGUUUUUGGAAUGUAUCACUCUGCAAUAUCUUUCUGCUUUCAAGUCCUUAACAUAAGACUUGUCAAAUCUUGCUGAACUCAACCACAGUUUUAAAUAUUUAAAAUGAGGUUUUUGUUCCUUAACAGCGUCUAAGUGGUCAUAAUCAAGGUCUGUACAUUAAUGCUGCAUUAUUUAAUCAUGUUCUUGAAUUUUGAGCAAACUUUGACGUAAUCAGUUACACUAUUUUCCUGUAAUGUAUUUCCUCCAUUCUGUAAUUUAGUCACACCAUCAAAAGUGAUUUCAGUUUCCACAUUUGUAACAUUGCAUUUCUCCAUCCAAAUCUCACUGUCUUUUGCUGAAGCUCUUAUUUUCAAUAUUUAAAAUAUGCUUUUCAUUGUGCUAUCUUUGUGAAGUACAGGAAGAUUUUCUACAUUAAAGGUAAUAUACAAAUGCAAGUUGUUGAUGCAUAAUGAUGUCUUCCACCGAUACAGCCCACACUCUACCCGUCCCUACCUCCUUCAAAAACCACCACCUCGAGAAAACUUCACUUCUCUAGGAAGAUGAUGGGAAUCUACAAGGUAUUGUUCAUUAAGUGAUUGUUGUUAACUACUUUGUGAUUGCUAUUAGAAGCUUAGCUGGCUUUUUAAUAAAGUUCUACACAGGCAAAAAUUUAUAUUUAAUCCUGAAGACCAAUAUCAAGAUCACAUCUGUUGAAGUAAGAAAUAGUUGAAGUAAGUUACUUGAUCCCUGAAGGCAGUAGUAUCAUUCAGCCACUUAAUUUUCCUGCCUUUGUCCUCUUGAUUGCUUUAAUUAUUCUGAAUUUCGUUGUACAGACUCCAUAAUCCUCAAAAACUGUGGUGCAAGAUUAAUUUCACACUGUCAAACAUUGUACAAACAAGUCGAAGCACUUUUGAUUUUGUUUGUUUUAGGUUUUGUAGUGAAAUCUAGUGAUUCAGUAGUGAUGAACUUAGAUUUGAAUCUCUUAACUGGCAAUUUAAUUUGAUAACAACUAUUCAGAAAGAUCCAAUUUUAUAACUGAAGAGCCUGUUACGAAUUAAGAUUGUGUGAAGUCAGCUAACUUAUGUUGUUUGGGAGUUUAUAAUGAGAGGCUCAGAAACCACACUGUUUUUCAUACACCGUGACCUUCAGUGUGUGAGUUUGGUACUUAAGUGUGUUUAGUGAGAAGGGUCUAUGGGAGAAUAACCUUUGAUUCCACCGUGUGACAUUAGUACAAGAUGAGUAAGUCAGUGGUGUUUCAGAGUCAUAUAGCAUUGAAAGACACCCAUGCUGUGUCCACACAAACCAGUAAAACCUUUACAUUCUCAUCCCAUUCCCAUAAACUCCCCUUGGAUUCUAUCACCAAUCCACACACCAUGGGCAAUAUACUGCAGUUAAUUAAGCAAACAACCUGGGAAGUGGGAGGACACAGAUGCAUCAAUGGGAAGCCAUGCAGUCGCGGUGAGAAUAUGCAAAUUCCACAGGGACUCCUUUCUGACUGCUGCAGCUUGUAGGUUAUUAAUGUGAAGAUGCAUUUUUGAACUAUCUACAAGAUGGCUUUUCUGGAUCAAUAUAUUGAGGAACCAAUUUAGAAGGAUAUUUUGGAUUGUUUUGUGCAUGGGUCUUCGGUUGGAUAACCAAAAUAGGACAGAAUUUUACAUUGCAUCCAAAAGUGAUAUAAUUUGAUUGAGGACUUGGAUCUCAACUCUAAAGAAAAUUGUGAAGGUCAGAGAGAAGAGUUGGCAGUGAUUGAUUAGGAAAAUAUUGCAAACUACACCUGUUGAUGGGACAUUGGUUAACUUUUACAAGCACUGCAUAAAUUGCAAAAGAGCUCCUUUUGGCAUUAACCCUAACCCGAUUAACCCUGGCUUCAGCCCCACAAACCCUAAGCACACCCUGAUUAACCCUUGCUAAACCCCCACAAACCCGAUGUCCUUUGUCAAGAGGGGCAAAAUUCAACAAAGGCAAGUUUUGGACCUGGUCAAUGAAGGCGUGGGCCAGAUCAAAGUGGCAGGCUCGCGUGAAACUGAAUCUCAAGUGACGAGAUCAAAAAGCACAAGAGGGCUGAUUUGCCCACUGCCCACAUAAUCUCAACCUAACCUUACAGUGACAUGCUCUUCAUUCUCCCGGCCCACGAAGUGCCAAUAAGAAAGCCCAGAUACACACAAGGCGAGAGAGAACCAGUGAAUUAAACCCAAGAUGGGGCUCAGAAAACAAGUCAGUACCAAACUCAGGUGCAGUUAUUCUGAAUGCCCAGUAAUCACUGUCAAUUAAUCCCUUGCAAUCCAAGGCAUACGGAUGCCAGGUAAUGAUGUUUAAAAAUAUCAUUACCCUCAGAAUUACAUGCCUCUCAUUAUCUGGUCCGUGGGAAAUACACAAGCCAAGUCUGAUCAACUUUGGCGGGGCCACCUCGGGGAGGGUGUCUUAUGAUUAAAGGCCCGAAACACCUGACGAACUGAGGGUGCAUUACUGAUAAUGUGUCCCAGUGCACACCCGGUUCGUUGAACCAAGUGGUGUUGGACCACGAUAAUGAAAGGCAUGGGCCAGGUUAACCUGGCUUCCCCAUACAAGCCUAGUCGCCAUAGCAGCUCAUAAUCAAAACUCUGCAGCCUAACCUCUCCCAGCCAAAUAUAUACAUCCACCAGCCCAACACUCAAACCUAAUGCUGAAGUCCAAAAGGGACACACACCCCCACAAACCCUAGGCACUUCCUGAUUAACCCUGGCUUCAGCCCCACAAACCCUAAGCACACCCUGAUUAACCCUUGCUAAACCCCCACAAACCCGAUGUCCUAUGUCAGGAGGGGCAAAAUUCAACAAAGGCAAGUGUUGUACCUGGUCAAUGAAGGCUGAUUCGCCCACUGCCCACAUAAUCUCACCCCAACCCCAACCCCAACCCUUACCCGUUAACAAGAGAAAUUAAAGAAAGCAUCAGAGAGGCUUAUGAAGUUUUCAGAAAUAAAUUUAAAUAAUAAAUUUAGAAUUUAGUAACAAAAAUCAUGAAGAUAGAAUACGAGCAGACUAGCAAAAAACAUUAACAAGAUUAUAAGAAGUAUAGAUAAACUGAUUGAGAACACAGGGGUACUUUACAUUCAGACAAUGAUUUUCAAUAAGCAAGUGCCAGAGUAUUUAAACAACUAAUGUCUUCACGUGAGAAAAUGCACAAACCUGCAGAGAGGAUAUUUCCUCUUACUGAGCUCUGUCAAUAGUGGAUAUAAUUGAAAAUGAGUAGGACAUUUAGGACCUAGAGGCCUGAGGAAGGUCAGUUAUUCGGAAGUGAUUGACGGGUUUCUGAUUAUUGAAUCAAAGUGUAUGGUGAUUGUGUUGGGAAGCUAAAGAAGGUUGUGAUCAUGAUUGAUCAAAUUAUGUUGAAUGACAGAGUAAGCUCAAAAGACUGCAUAACCUAUUCUUACUCUAUUUGAUAUAUUCGUGUCAAAAAUAUGAAUUCUUGUCACAGUUAAUCUUAAAAUUUCUGCGUCUUUUCCUGUGAAUGAACUGGGAAUUUGGGUAGAAAGAAUGGAAGUGUGAGAAUUGCAGCAGAUGUAUUUAAAAGAAAUUCAGAUUGUCUUGAAUAAUAGAAUAUUUCCUUUUUAACAGUCCCCUUGCUUGAAAACCUGAACAAAUUAAACAUUGCAUGGUCACUGAAUUCUACUUGUGCUUGAAUUAGAAGAGUUAUAGCUGGUCUCCAAAGAUAAUGCACUUUUCAUUUUGGUGCUCCACUGGCAAUGGCUAAUAUUCUCGUAAGAGCAAUGUAUGGGCAUAAUUCAAAAUAGCAUAUUUUUAAUUUUAGGACACAACUUUGAAGCAAUCUCAAAUAGUAAUUUUGAAAAGUUAGAGAUGGAAGUGGGUAUUGUAAAUACAAAUUCUAUUAUUAUUUAAUGCAACUUUAAAGAAAAAAGUGGACUCAACGAAGUACAAUGGUGUUCUCUAUCCAUCAAUUUGUCACUGAAAUUGGUCAACAAUGAAGGUGGCAUUUUGUCUGUCACUGACGGGUGAUAGCAAAGUAAAAUAAUUAAGCAUCUGAUAACCUAGUUUUUUUUUAAACAUUUCUAUGAGAUGUGGUAAUCAUUGAAAAGAUCAGCAUAUUGCUUUGUGCAUCCUUAGUUAUCCUCAGGGUGGUGGUGAUCUGCACUGAAUCAUAGUGCAUUAAAUGUACUUCCACAGUAUUAUUGGGUAUGGAGUUCCAGCAUUUUGAGCUGCAAUUGCUGACCAGUGGGCAAUAUACUGUAUUUCCAAGUCUGAAUAGUACGUGAUUUAGAUGGAAUUUUGAAGGGAUGAUGUUUCUGGACCCCUUCUUGCCCUUCUCUUUCUAGUAUGCAGCAUUCAUUGGUUUGGGAUAAACUGCUGAAGAAAUCUUGCUGAGUUGCUGCAUUGCGUUGUGUAGAUAGGCCACAUCACACCCUAUUAAGUAUGAUGGAUGGUGUUCUCAAGGUGAAAGUGUGCGUACCACAUUUUUACAUUAUUCUUGUUUGAAUCUAGAAUGUGCUAAUUAUCAAUGUGGAAGUAUUGCCUGCUGUACUUCUAAAUGAUUUUUGGUGCCAGUUGUAAAAGCUCAAAAAUUUGUGGAUGAAAAUCAAUUUUACUUAUAAAAAUUGUCAGUAGAAGGAAUGCUAAUAUUUCCACCAUCUGCAAUAUUUUGCUUCUGAAAUACCAUCAUAUUGGAUUUAAAUCUGUGGAAUGGAUGUGCUACGCUGAAUGAAAUUCUUGCAUUUAUAUCAAAAGUUUGUGUGUAUGUUGGAUGAAGAAUGUAGAAACUAUAGAAUUUUGUUUUGUAUCUUCAAUCACUUUUCCAUUUGGCAGUAGUAAAAUGAGAUGGGUGACAUUAUUUGCUUUUGGAUCCCUGUACAGGCCAAGAAUGAACAUGGCAGAUUUUAGAUGAGGUCUGUAAAAUUACUAGCCAAGACAGUAUCCAAUGAAUAAUGCAUUUAAAGUAUGUAUCUGAGAACUCUCUUCAACUAUUUUAAUUUUUAUGUGAUGGUUAUUAUCCCUGAAAUUGCUUUUGAUAUUUAUUUCAUCGAGACUACUUUCGGCUCUGUAUAUGCUUUAAUUAAACUGUGUAAAUAGUUGAUAACAUUUACAGCUUUAGAGGGGGGAGAACUAUCUGUUCUGAUUAAUGGAAAACCAAGGACAUACUCUAAAUGUAUUCUAGAGGAAAAUUCCAGAUAUUGUUCAAGCACCUCUUAUUCAGAUGUAUCAGUUCUAUCUAGAUUCUCACUGAAUUUGGGGGAAAAAAGUACUAAUUUGAGCUCAUUCUUAUAUUUACUAUUUCAUUUGAAAGCAAGAAAGAAUUUUCUGUUGAAAACUGCUUGUAUGGAUAAAUUUUUUUGUGUAGGAGCAGAGUAUUAUACCACUUGUAGGUAAAAUUAGUAAGAUGGUUUAUUGUCACAUGUACUGAGGUACAGUGGAAAAACUUGUCUUCCAUACUGUUCAUAUAAUCACCAUUACAACAAUGCAUUGAGAUCAUACGAGUUAAAAUAUAAGAGUGCAGAAUAAAGUGAUAAAAUCCUUGUUUAACUGGUUUCUAAUAUAUCCACAAAUGCUGUGUCAUAUUUAGAAUGCAUAAUUCUGUGAUUUACUUGCUCUGCCAAAAUGCCAACUUAUUUUGCAAGUAUGUUCCAGCCUGUAAAAUCUUGCAUGACAAAAUGAUACAAGGAGUCUGAUACCAACAAGUGGAAAACUAACAUUUUGUUAAAGUAACACACAUAAAAUGGUUCUGCCGAAGGAUUUCCCUGUACUUUUUUUCCAUAGAUGCUGCCUGGCCUGCUGCGUUCCUCCAGCAUUUUACGUGUGUUGCUUGGAUUUGCAGAUUUUCUCUUAUUGGUGAUUUUGGUGAAGUUAGCUUUGGUUUCUUUUUAUCCAUAGUAUAAACUCUAUAGGAUUAUUCCAGCAUUUAUUUUCAUUGGUGGAAAGCAUAGAUGAGUUCAUUCCAGUUGCCAAUUGUUUAAUUUUGUGAAUUGUACACAUUGACUAAGAAAGUAAAUACAGGUUGGGCACCCCUUAUCCGAAAUUCCAAAAUCUUACAACCUUCAAAAUCUGAAUUUUUUUGAGCGCUGACAUGACGUCACAAAUGGAGAAUUCCACAAGAACCUGCGAAGGUUCCCAGGGGAUGUGCAGGUCUCAGUGCACCACCAACAGUUCUGAGAAGCAAUCUCACAUAUGUAAUGAACAAAGUUAAUGAAAAAUAGAAUAGUUGCACACAGCAAAAAAAUCAAGAUCUCGAUCAUGUAUCGUAUGUCAGUGAACAUAUGCCACUUAUUGGUAUGCUGAUUGUUUUUAUACUUAACAAAAAAACCUUAAAAAAAGUAAAAUGGGAAUACAGUGUACUGUAACCAUUUAAUCUGGACCCCCUACAAUUUGCCUACUGCCACAACAGAUCGACAGAUGACACAAUAGCCACUGCUCUACAUACCGUUAUUGCACAUCUGGAGAAGAAGAUUGCUUAUGUGAGAAUGCUGUUCUUGGACUACAGCUCAGCAUUGAACACCAUAAUUCCAUCCAGGCUCCACAGGAAGCUCAGAGACCUCGGCCUUGACCCUACCUUGUGUAGCUGGAUCCUGGACUUUCCUGUCAGAUAGCCAGCAGAUGGUAAAAGUGGACUCCCUCACCCCUCUGACUCUCAACACAGGAGCCCAUCAGAGCUGUGCACUGUCCCCUUCUUUACUCCUUGUACACCUAUGAUUCCGUCAACACCCGCAGCUCUAAUCUGAUUAUUAAAUUUGCUGACCACACUGCAUUGAUUUGCUUAAUCUCAAACAAUAACCAGGUGGCCUACAGCGAAGAAGUCAUCUCUCUGACGUAGUGGUGUCAAGUAAACCACCUCUCCCUCAACGUCACAAAAACAAAGGAGCUGUUUGUAGAUUACAGGAGGAAUGGAGACAGGCUAACCCCUUUUGACAUCAAUGGAUCCGGGGUUGAGAGGGUAAACGGCUUUAAGUUGCUUGGCAUCCACAUCACCGAGGACCUCGCAUGGUCUCUACACACCAGCUGUAUAGUGAAAAAGGUACAAAAGCACCUCUUUUACCACAGACGGCUGAGGAAGUUUAGUAUGGGCCCCCAAGCCUUAAGGACUUCCGACAGGGACACAAUUGAGAGCAUCCUGACUGGCUGUAUCACUGCCUGGUAUGGCAACUGUACCUCCCUUAAUCGCAGGAUUCUGCAGAGAGUGGUGUGGACAGCCCAGUGCAUCUGUAGAUGAGAACUUUCCAUGAUUCAGGACAUUUACAAGGACAGGUGUGUAAAAAGGGCCUGAAGGAUCAUUGGAGACCCGAGUCAUCUCAACCACAAGCUGUUCCAGCUGCUACCAUCUGGGAAACGGUACUGCAGCAUAAAAGCCAGGACCAACAGACUCCAGGACAGCUUCUUCCACCAGGCCAUCAGACUAUUAACUCACUCUGAUUUGAGUGUAUUUCUGUGUUACAUUGACCUUUCUAUUUAUUAUAAAUUACUAUGAUUGCACAUUUAGACAGAGACGUAACGUAAAGAUUUUUAUUGCUCAUGUAUGUGAAGAAUGUAAGCAAUAAACUCAAAUCAAUUCAAUCAAAACACGGCAUCCUAGGUGGAGAGUGAAAGCCUGCCAUUGUUUGUUGCUGUUCAACAGCUGAUUCAGGAAUUCUCUCGAUGCUACUGUGCUGCUUUUGUUGCCCUGCGCACGUUAUAUUAAUGGUAUGUAAUAAUUUUUACUGGGGUAAUUUUUACUUGUGUGAUGAACCAGUGUAAGGCAAAAGACUGUAGAACAUAAAUUCAGCAUCAGAAAUGAUGCUGAUCCUAAGCUAUCUCAUUAUAUAUUCCAAAAUCCAAACACUUUCCAUUCUUAGCAUUUUGGUUAAGGGGUACUCAACCUGUAUAUUUUUGCUCUGUUGAUUGCAGCAUUCCAGAAAUAAUUUACACAUGGCAUACACUUAAAGACAGAGGGAAUAUGGAAGUAAUUGAAAUUUUUACUAUUACAUCAUACCCCCUUGUAAAUUAUUACUUAGCCUGAUGCAAGAGCUCCUACUUCAAAUUGUAAUAUUCAAUAGCAAAUAAAUCUGUAUUUAUGUGCUUAAACAUACCAAUCACAUAAGCAGAGAAUGUUGGUGGAUUUGAUUAACCACCCAUGGCUUGUAUCCGAAAUAUAAAGCUUUUCAAGAACUAUAAGUAAUUGGAUUCUAUGUAACUAAAAUAUAAGUGUAACUAUAAAGACAUUACGUAAAAGUUGUAUAAGUUUGUUACAAUGGAAGUACUUUGUUGACAUUGCCACUCAUAACUUCGAAAAGGCAGAUGAUGCAUGAGUAUUCUCAUAGGCACAGACAAUUAGACUCGGGAAGUUUAAAUUGUAAUUUAACAAUUCAAGGUAAAGGGUCAUAAAGUUGGGGGGAAAUUGGCCUUAACUACAACCCUCCCUUCCCCUCUCCACACAGAUAAGGUUAUAGAAUGAUUGCUAGUAGACAGUAGCAUCAAAGUCAAUGGAAGUAGUUUGUCCAUUUCUGUACUAAAACAUAGCUGAGCUUCCAAAUUUAGGAUUGUUGUUCUGCAAUAUGAUGUGGCAGGUGCACUGGUAAGGUAUUCCAGGUUGUUUUCAAUUCACACUGUAUGUUUAGCCUCAAUUUCUAAUUGUCUUUGAGAAAGUAAUGGUAAAAAUCUUGAAAUGUCAAAAUCCAUCCGUUAAAUCGUUAAAUCUGUUUUUGAUACAACUCAGCAUAAAGAAUAGUUAAGAGUGAGUCAACUAGAUAAUUUCUUGUACCUAGUGUUACAUAAACCCCAAACCCACUUUCUUGCCUAAAGCCAUGUAUAUUUUAUGAUGCAUUGAUGGUUUUAUUUAUUAAUUACUUAUUACUGAUAGGAUUUGAACUUUCAAGUGAUUAGUCCGGGUCUCUGGGUUGCUACAGUGGCAGAAAGCUAUUCUGCAGUAUUGUUUAUAUAUGUGUAUCUAAAAUAUCAUUGUAGAGUGUACAAUUCAGCAUGAUGUGUGCUUUUCACUACUGAUAGUGAAGUGAAAAUCAGUAGAUACUGAAAUUUGGACGUCUUUAGUGAAAAGUAAUAGAAUACAUAAAUGAUUAUAUUAGAAGUAAUUUUGAAAUGGCCUUGAUUGUACAUUAUACAUUGGGACACAAGAAAACUUUGAAGUGUAAAAAGCUUCCAUUUCUAAUCAGCUUCUCAUGGGAAUCUUAUAAGGUAAUAGAGCCCCAAGAAGUCUUAUAAAGUUUUCCAAUAUUUGUAUGGAAAAUAUAUAUUUUCUUGUGUUUGUUUUUUAUUAUUGUCAUAAUAACAUAAAUAUGUUUUUGACACCAAGCUGAAUUUAAUAAUUUCUACAUUCCAUUUGUAAAUAUUGGUGAAAUUGCAGUGAUUUUUUUCUGAUUCUUGGUUAGCUUUUGUCAAUGUAAAUACCACCACUCGUCCUCCUCAGAAUAUUUCUGCCACUAAUUUUGUUUAAUUCCCACUGGAAUUAUGUAUAUAGAGCUUAAAAUGUUUCCCUUUGGAUUUAGCAGCCUACUUCUGACAUUUUCUUUUAUUAAACUUGAGUCAUAUACUGUCUUGGAGAGAUGGUGUGCUUUUACCUGUAGGUGGCCUGUUAUUAACACCAUGUCAUUUUAUAUAUUACAGAUCCUAAUAAUUCUUGCCAUAUAUCAAGUUAUUUCAUAACAAAAGAAGUUUGUAGAAUAAUCAAGAAUCAUAUCAUUUCCAGGGACUCUGAAUGGAAUGCUAUUCUACAGCAGGACCAGUAAUGAGGGCAAUGGGCUCAGCGCCACCUCAGAACCCAGAGGACUGUAGUGGAAGCAAGACAUCCUCAGCACUGAAUGACAAUCAAGUUAAAAAAAAAAGUUUCUAUUCUCUACCAAGACUAGUAUUUGUCAAAGUUUUCUUCACAGCCUGCAUUGCGGGGGAGGGGAUGCCGUAAGGCAAAAUACUAGUUGAAAUAUUUCCUGAUACUAAUACUAACUGAGAUUGGCUGAGAAAGAAAAGUCAAGGAAGAAUGCAAGUGUUUUGAUGUUUUCAGGCCAGGUGAACAAUGUUCAGACUUAGCCUUAAACUUCAUGUCAAUUGUUUAAUAACAUUUAAUCGACUGAAGUGUAUUGUGCAAUGUUAGUAAAUCAGAGCAAAUGUUCUUGUGUCUACCUCCAGCCUCAUUAUCUGUACAUUAAGACAAGACUGUACAGUUUUUAUAAAGCAUUUCCAUUUCAUAAAUCCUGACAGGUGUACAAUACAACGCACAAAACUUUUUUCCUCUCUUCAUGAGGAGCUGAUGCUCAUCUCUGUCAGAAGUGGUGGACUGGUGACGGGGGACCUCUGGUUCUGGUAGAGAAUGGAAAUAUUUUUUAAAACUAGUUGUCAUUUGGUGCUGAGGAUGACUUGCUUCUACUGCAGUUCUGUAGGUUCUGAGGUGGUUGAGCUUCAUUAUUGGUGUUGUGAAGAAACUCAACAGUUUUAAUUUCUGUGGUACCAUUCACCAGCAACCUCAAACUGUUGGAACUCAGUAGGUCAAGGAACAAUGUGGAGAGAAAUAGACAGCUGAUGUUUUGGGUCAAGACCUCUGAUCUGAACUUUCCAACUUCGUUCCAUCAUCUGUGGAUGUUGUAUCAUCAAUAACCUCACCAGGUCUUUUCACUCUGGUAUUAAUAAAGAAAGCACAUCUACAUAUUUACUUGGAUCUGUGAAAAGAUUUGGUGUGUCCAUGUGGAUUCUUUUGAACUUCCUCAGAUAUACUAUAGGAAAUAUUGUAAUGAGUUGCAUCAGGGCCAGGUAUGGCAUCUGCCCUGUUCUUAACUGAGAAUUAGCAGUGUGUGGUAAAUGCAGUCCAGGCUAUCACAAAGCUCAUCACUUCCCUACUUCCAGCCAGUCUUCAAGACUUCAUUUCAAGAUACAAGUUAGAUAGUCUGUGUUCUAUUGAUUCCAACACCUCUAGCUUGGGCAUAGAUGUUUUUGCCCACUACCACCCUCUCGGCAUUCCUCUUAGCAUGCAUAGCAUUGUGGGGCAGACAUGGAAAGGAAAGGGAUUCGAGGGCAGUCUUUGAGGAUUCUCUGCAGUCCUUGACUGAUGGAGUCAAAAUCUGCUUGGAGAUCAGCACUGGCAUAAUCUAUGAUGCAAGAUUCCCAUUCUACUACCCACACGUAAUGUUGCUUUCCUGAAAUCAGCAUGAACUGAGUAGCAAGGAAUAAACUAUGAAUGGGCCUAUUGCCCACAUCUCGCUAAAGGAUCAAGUGAUCAGCUGUUUUUGCAGAAGACAUGGGAAAGAUUCUUCCCUGACUACAAACUUUGGACACCAAUGUACACCCAAUUGAAACCUUCUGCCAGCUUAAAAGUUGCCGAAGUUACGACCCUUGUAGAUGGCAAAAUUAUUUUCAAGAUUAUUCUUUGAGAUAUAGGGCAUAUUCCUUUGUUCAGGGGUGGAAUAAGAACAGAUCAGGGAAAAAAAAAGAUAGGCAGUAGGAUCCUUGGAGCAGAAAAGAAGUAUGAGGCUGAAAUACAGCAUGCACGUGGGAGUAUGAUUGGAGGGUGGGAUGUGGUUCAGAGGCAUAGAGCUCAGUGAAGGAGAGGAGAUGAUUUAACAGGGAAUUAAGGGGCAGGGUGGCUGAGGGGAAUACUGAGGAAGAGGCAGUAAGCAAUAAUAUCUGCCUGAGCUGGAAGUGUUGGAACAAAUACAAGCAACACUCCAGAUCUCUUGUAUAUGGUCACAGAGCAGAGCAUCUAAGAAAAGAUGUACUGUCUUUGGAGAGGAUCCAGAGCAGGUUCACAAGAGUACUUCUGCGAAUGAAAGGGUUAAUGUAUGAGGUGCAUUUGAUGGCUCUGGGCCUGUACUCACUGGAGUUUACAAAAGUGAGGGGGGGGGGGAUCUCAUUGAACCCUAUCGAAUAUUGAAAGGUCAGGAUAUAGUGGAUUUGGGUUGGAUGUUUACUGUAGUGAGUGAGUCUAGGAUCAAAGAGCUCAGCCUCAGAAUACAGGGAUUUCCACUUAGAAUAUAGUUAAGGAAUUUCUUUAUCCAGAGGGUAGUGGAUUUGUGGAAUCCAUUUCCAUAGGUGGCUAUGGAGGCCAAGUCAUCUAAAACACAGGCUAAUAGGCUCUUGAUUAGUCAGGAUGUCAGGAAGAAGGCAGGAGAAUGGGGAUUGAGAGGGAUAAUAAGUUAGCUAUGAUGGAAUGGCAGAGCAGACUGGAUUGGCGAAGUGGUCUAGUUCUGCUCCUAUGUCUUAUGAUUAUUGCCCUACAUAAACCACUGACACUGACCCUCCAGUGCACCCCAGUUUGGUGCAAUGGAGUAGCCACACACUUCUGCUAAUGCAGCAAGAUGAUGUAACAAUUUGACAGUAUAAUCCACAGCUUUCCAGGGAAAAGUUUACAGAAUUAUCUACGGUUCAUUACAAUGACCUUUACAAUUCAUUUACCAUUAUGGAUUCAACCAAUUGUCAUUGAAUAGCAUGCUCUUGCUGCUAAAUGGCAGGUCUACACAGCUUUGUCUCAGCCUUGAAAUCAUGGCUUUGGAUUUCACAUUAACAAAUAUGUCAGCAUAUAUACGUUUGAUAUGCAGAAAGAGCAAAAGGCUGAGUUCCUUGAUAUAUGAGUGAUAUGAAGUGAGAAUUGGACAGCAAAAACCACUAGGUAUGAGGAGUUAUAAAUUAAAGACUAAUGAGUGUGGGAACUAUUUUGAAAGCAAUGUAAAACAUGAAAUUGUAGUUAAUCCCAAGUAUUUUGAUCUGUUGUGUAUUUAAUACAUUGCUACACCAGUUACUAGUCCAUGUCAUUCACUUCCAAUGUCUCCGGUACCUUCUUCCAUCAACACCAAUUACAGUGUGAAGAGUGGCUGUGUGAAGAAGUCACUGUUAAAACUUAACUUAGCUGAAGUGUAUAAUACUGUUCCUUUAGCUUGCUUUGAUCAGUAUAGAAGACUUGGGAUAGUGGCAAUGGCUGAAGAAUCAAUAGAUAAAUUCCAGGCUGCAAAAGUCUUCCUUGCAUUGUAUUUAAUAAUUGCAAACAGAUAAAUUGAUACUGUGAGUGUCAAAUACAGUGCAUUAUACAUUUAAGCCAUAAGUAAGCAGCAUACACAUCAAAGCCCUCACCCUCCAGGCCAUGUUUUCUUCUUGCUACUACCACUAGGCUGGAAGUAGCAAAGUCUUGUGUUCAGCAACAUUUAUUACCCUUCAACCAUCAGGUCCAUGAACCAGCCUGGAUGACUUCACUCGCCUCAACCCUAAACUGAUGCAUUACCUACAGAAUCACUUUCAAGGACUUUACAACUUAUGUUCUCACUAUUAUUUAUUUGCACAUUUGGUUGUCUUUUUCACAUCAGUCUUUGUUAUGUAUAGUUUUCCAUGCAUUCUAUUGUAUUUUAUUUUCCUGUAAAUGCCAACAAAAAAAUUAAACAGUAUAAAUAUGGUGACAUGUAUGUACUUGGGUAAUAAAGAUACUUUGACUUGGCUGGA